AUGCCUUCCAACGCCAUCAUGGACAAGGCCAAGGGCGUCAUCCGCGAGAAGGGAAAGCGGGUCUUCAUGGACAAGUUCAUCGACCGCCACCGCGCCGCCAACCGCAGCGCCAACCGCCAAAUGCAGAUGGCCAUGCAGCGCCAGGUCGUCGUCAACCAAAACGAUCCCACCACCGACCCCGACCGCAUCAUCCCCGCCGCCCGCCGCGCCGAGGCGGCCGCAAACCUCGAGCUCUUCGGCGCCGAUCACGCCAGCGAUAACCGCACCACCGACCCCAACAGCGCCAAGGGCCUGCGCCUGCGCUCCGCCGCCCUCGUCCCCGGCUCGUCGGCCGCCGCGCCGCCCGUCCGCGCCCGCAACCCGACGGCCCUGGUCUCGGCGGCGGACCUGGAGGCGCUGCUGGGCGAGAACAAGGAGGCGCUUGAUGCCGCGAACAUCAAGCCGCAGAAGGGCGGUCGUCGCCAGGGCGGUGCUGGCAAGAACACCAACAAGGAGCGUGCUGGUGGUCGCGGAAAGAAGGAGAAGCAGGAGGAGGACAGCGACCUGCCCUCCUUCGCGUCGUCGGCCUACCCCGGCGCGCCGACUGACGGCAGCAUCAUCCCGCGCGGCCUGAUGCACGUCAACCGCGGCUUCUGGCCGAAGGCGGUGCGCGAGCGCGUCGAGCGGGCUGAGGCGGCGGAGGCCGAGGCGCUCCGCUCGAGUCAGGAGGAGAGGCGCAAGGCUGGUGCCGUUGAGAGGCGCAAGGAGCGGGAGAGGAAGAGGGAGAGGGAGGUGGAGAAGCUCCGGAAGCGCGAGCUGAGGGAGAGGAAGAUUAGGGAGGAGAGGGAGAGGAGGGCGAGGGAGAAGAAGGAGAGGGAGGAGAGGGAGAAGGCCAAGGGCAAGGCGACUCCCUCUUCUGGCGGCGCGAAGAAGAGGAAGGCGGACGCCGUGGAGAACGACUCGGAUGAGGAUGAGGACCCCGUCGUGGUCCCGAUGAGGAAGUUCAGGCGCCUGACGAAGCCUAGGAAGGAGUAG